UACAGACAGCAGCAGCAACGAUAAUAAUCAGACUAAGGUCUCGAAGCAGAGUUUGAGCAAGUGUGAGCACAGUCAGAUGUAGCAUUAGCUGCUAACACACACACACACACACACACAUACACACCGGCUCCCUCUACAGCUGCUGUAAAACACAUCACGCACUCCGCACAGUCUCCUGUAAAACACACACCAGCGUCGUCAGAUCGGGGCUAGACUGGCUCGGGUUUGUUGUUAGCGCCGAACAGAGCGAAGAUGAUCAAGCUUUUCUCGCUGAAGCAGCAGAAGAAGGACGAGGAGUCCGCGGGAGGACCGCGAGCCGGAGCCGGCGGAAAGAAGGCGAGCGCGGCCCAGCUGCGGAUACAGAAGGACAUCAAUGAGCUGAACCUGCCAAAGACGUGUGAGAUCGUGUUCCCUGACCAAGACGACCUGCUCAACUUCAAGCUCAUCAUCUCCCCAGACGAGGGUUUCUAUAAAGGUGGAAAAUUUGUCUUCAGUUUUAAGGUGGGACAGGGGUACCCUCACGACCCUCCUAAAGUAAAAUGUGAAACGAUGGUCUAUCACCCCAACAUUGACCUGGAAGGCAACGUCUGUCUAAAUAUUUUGAGAGAAGACUGGAAGCCAGUGUUGACGAUUAACUCCAUCAUAUACGGACUACAGUAUCUGUUCCUGGAGCCCAAUCCCGAAGACCCCCUGAACAAAGAGGCUGCGGAGGUGCUGCAGACGAACCGGCGGCUCUUCGAGCAGAACGUCCAGCGCUCGCUGCGCGGAGGAUACGUAGGAGCCACCUACUUCGAGCGCUGCCUCAAAUAGUCCCGCGCCGCGGCCCUCACAUCCCAGAAUGCAUUUAUCGUUUACAUGCGCUGAGACGCACUGACCGACACACUGACCGCACACAGGAGGGGGGCUCGGGGAAGGCCGGUCAGUGAUUGUUGCUCAGAGAAUUCAGUCGUAUUUUGCCACUAUGCUGGUACCCACUGUUUAUUUUUGCUGAGAUUCACACGCUAACUUAUCCUCCCACUCACAGAGAGCGAGACAGCCCGCGACAGAUCAUUACACCCGCAUUCAUUACCCGGCCUCGAGGACCGCUUCGUCUGGGGUCAAACCGCCUCGAGUCGCUCAUCUUCAACUAGUCACUCGUUCUUACCGUCGCGUGUAAAAAAGACGCGUGCAGCGUGGCCUUCGACCAAUUCUGAUAGCGUUGACAAAUUGAGGGGCCGGCUAACACCAGACCGACAGGAUCCGUCUGCUAAUUGGGCUGUUGAGCUUGGGAGACUUACGAUGUUUUGCUAUAGUUUUCCUGGUUGGGAAUGGGUGGGAUCGGAUUUUCUCGAGGAGGAUCGUCAUAGGGUUAGGAAGGGUUGCGUACAAUGUUACUAUUCUGUUGUGUAUAUUGAAAUCCCAGUUGUUCACGAUGACUGCAAUAUGAAUUAUGUUAAAUAAAAUAUUGACUUGAAUGCCUACAUUUUAAGAUUAGUGUAAACUACAACACCAGAUUGUCUUUACGAAAAGAAAAAAAAACAGCAACAAUAAAAUGUUUUAUCUGA